CUUCCUUGUUUCCUUACAGGAACUGGAAGCACAAGAAAGAAACGAUUUGUAUCCAGCCCCCGCUAUGUGGAAACCAUGCUGGUGGCGGACCAGUCGAUGGCAGAAUUCCAUGGCAGCGGUCUAAAGCAUUACCUUCUCACCUUGUUCUCGGUGGCAGCCAGGUUGUACAAACACCCUAGCAUUCGGAAUUCCAUUAGCCUGGUGGUGGUGAAGAUUUUGGUCAUCUAUGAGGAACAGAAAGGACCAGAAGUGACCUCCAACGCUGCCCUCACUCUGAGGAACUUCUGCAACUGGCAAAAGCAGCACAACCCACCCAGUGACCGGGAUGCAGAACACUAUGACACGGCGAUUCUUUUUACCAGACAGGACUUGUGUGGGGCCCAGACAUGUGAUACUCUUGGAAUGGCUGACGUUGGAACUGUGUGUGAUCCGAGCAGAAGCUGCUCAGUCAUAGAAGACGAUGGUUUACAAGCCGCCUUCACCACAGCUCAUGAGUUAGGCCAUGUGUUCAACAUGCCGCAUGAUGAUGCAAAGCAGUGUGCCAACCUUAAUGGUGUGAACCGGGAUUCCCACAUGAUGGCAUCCAUGCUUUCCAAUUUGGACCGUAGCCAGCCUUGGUCUCCCUGCAGUGCCUACAUGAUUACCUCAUUUCUGGACAACGGUCAUGGAGAAUGUCUGAUGGACAAGCCCCAGAAUCCCAUACCGCUCCCUGCUGAUCUCCCCGGCACAUUGUAUGAUGCCAACCGACAGUGCCAGUUUACUUUUGGGGAGGAGUCCGUACACUGCCCUGAUGCAGCCAGCACGUGCACCACCUUGUGGUGUACGGGUACCUCCGGCGGGCUGCUAGUGUGCCAAACCAAACACUUCCCCUGGGCAGACGGCACCAGCUGUGAAGAAGGGAAAUGGUGUGUCAACGGCAAGUGUGUGAACAAGACCGACAAGAAGCAUUUUGAUACUCCUGUUCAUGGGAGCUGGGGGCUUUGGGGGCCUUGGGGAGACUGUUCGAGAACCUGCGGUGGAGGAGUUCAGUAUACGAUGCGGGAGUGUGACAACCCAGUCCCAAAGAAUGGAGGGAAGUAUUGUGAAGGCAAACGCGUGCGCUAUAGGUCGUGUAACAUUGAGGACUGUCCAGAUAAUAAUGGAAAAACCUUUAGAGAGGAACAAUGCGAGGCACACAAUGAGUUUUCCAAAGCUUCCUUUGGGAGUGGGCCUGCCGUGGAGUGGACACCCAAGUAUGCUGGCGUCUCACCAAAGGACAGGUGCAAGCUCAUCUGCCAGGCCAAAGGCAUUGGCUACUUCUUCGUUUUACAGCCUAAGGUUGUAGAUGGUACUCCAUGCAGUCCAGAUUCUACCUCUGUCUGUGUGCAAGGACAGUGUGUAAAAGCUGGUUGUGAUCGCAUUAUAGACUCCAAGAAGAAGUUUGAUAAAUGUGGUAUUUGUGGAGGAAAUGGAUCUACAUGCAAGAAAAUAUCGGGAUCAGUUACGAGUGCAAAACCUGGAUAUCAUGAUAUUGUCACCAUUCCAACCGGAGCCACCAACAUAGAAGUGAAACAACGGAAUCAAAGGGGGUCUAGAAAUAAUGGCAGUUUUCUUGCCAUCAAAGCUGCUGAUGGUACAUAUAUUCUUAAUGGUGACUUCACUUUGUCCACCUUAGAGCAAGACAUCACGUACAAAGGUAUCGUCUUGAGGUACAGCGGUUCCUCUGCAGCACUGGAAAGAAUUCGUAGCUUUAGCCCUCUCAAAGAGCCCUUGACCAUCCAGGUCCUUACGGUGGGAAAUGCUCUUCGACCAAAAAUUAAAUACACCUAUUUUGUGAAGAAGAAGAAGGAAUCUUUCAAUGCUAUCCCUACUUUUUCAGAAUGGGUCAUUGAAGAGUGGGGCGAGUGCUCCAAGUCUUGUGGAUCGGGUUGGCAGAGAAGACUGGUAGAAUGCCGAGAUCUUAACGGGCAGCCCGCUUCAGAGUGUGCAAAGGAAGUGAAGCCAGCCAGCACCAGACCUUGUGCCGACCUGCCUUGUCCCCACUGGCAGCUGGGGGAGUGGUCGCCAUGUUCCAAGACCUGUGGGAAGGGUUACAAAAAGAGAACCUUGAAGUGUCUAUCCCACGAUGGAGGGGUGUUAUCUCAUGAGAGCUGUGAUACUUUAAAGAAACCUAAACAUUACAUAGAUUUUUGCAUGAUGGCAGAAUGCAGUUAAGUGGGGUCAGUUUUGAGGCAAGGCAACGUGACAAGGACUGACGCAUUGAGGUCAAGAAGACUGGAAUGAUCCAGUUUAUCUUGUCAGUAACCAGCGAGGUGUGUCAGUAGGUAGAAAAAGAGUUAAAUCAUCAGAGUAAACUGCCAGUUACAAAUUUGAUAGGGUAGUUAAUGAGAAUUAUUAACCUCUAAACAGUGAUAUAGCAUGAUAAAGCCCCAGGGCAUUAUUACUAUUAUUUCUUUUGUUACAUCUAUUACAAGUUUAAAAGAAUAAAAACAGGAACAAUUGUCAAAAGAAGUAGGAACUAUUACCACCCCUGUUUCCUGGUACUUCUUAAAUACUUUGUACAUGGGGGUUGGGAAAUUAAAGGUAGGAAAACGAUGAGAUUUUGUUUGAGAUCUGGCUUACUUUACCUCAUUAAUGAUGGGGAGAGAAAGGAGUACAAAUAGCAUCUUUGACUAGCACCAUUCAUGGCUGCUGUGAUUUCUGAGAAUGUUUAUAUAUCUUUUCUACCAAGAUGUAAGAGUUCAGAUUGUCUCAGGAGAGAAACGCUCAGCAACGUGAAGUGAUUCAAAUGACUCCUAUCUUUAUCUUCUUGUAACAUCUCAGUCUAUAAGUCUUUUUGAGGAAGAAACAAUUCCAUGUAUUUAUAAGAAGUGCCUUAAGUCUACAAAGGCAGAAACAGCAGCAAAAUAUUAGGUGCUGAUAAAAACAAGAGGAGUCACAAGGAGCUUGGUGCCUCUGAACUUUAUUUUCUACUCUGUCAGCCUACUUUGGGAAUGUGGAUCUGUUAAAACAGUCAUUUGUGUCUCAAAAAAAGUCAGUAAGGUCACAUAAAAAGGAUGUAAUGCCAGAACAAGAAGGGGGUAUGUAGAACAGGGUCCCACAGGCUUGGGGACAUUGAGAUCACGUGUCUUGUGGUGGGAAAGCUGCUGAGGGGUAGCGGGUCCAUCCGCAGCAGCAAGCCCAACAGUCGUAUCCUGGUGAAUGUCUGUUCAGCUCUUCUGUGGGAAAGAAUACAACUUUUUCCAUAUGUAUAUAGUAAAAUCCAUUACUAUAAAUUAUAUGUACUUUAUAAGUAUUGGUGUGUGUAUUCCUUCUAAGAAGGACUAUAGUUUGUAAUAAAUGCCUAUAAUAACAUAUUUAUUUUUAUACAUUUAUUUCUAAUGAGAAAACUUUUAAAUUAUAUCGCUUUUGUAAAAGUACAUAUAAAAAUAGAGUAUUUAUACAAUAUAUGUUACUAGAAAUAAUAAAAGAACACUUUU